AUGACUACUGAACAAACGAGCUUAACUCACCGACACUGGAGUAGCCUGUAUCAUGAACUAGGAAACGCCAUUGAACGUUUGGAAGAAGAAAAUCUUCAACUAAAAACAGAGCUGACAUAUGAAAAAAAGAUUCGCGUUCAAGUAGAACAAGAACUUGCUAAUGAGCGUUCUGAAAAAAAGACACUUCCAUCUACCAAUUCUCCUCGAAAGUCAACGGCGCAAGGCGUUUCCUCAGUGCCCUCUCUACCAAAUUCCCAAGCUUCUACCACGGAAGAAGAAGAUGAAAUUCCAGGGAGCGAGACUGCUGAGGAGGAUUUCAAAGACCAUGAAGUACCGAAGCAGGAACCCAUGUCUCCCAAACUCCCCCUCCAAGCUGAUGUAAAACCCGAGCAUACAAAGAAUGCAUCCUUUCCAAUUUUCAAGGAUGAGCCGAAUGAGGAUGCCAUGUUAUCCAGUGAAAAUUCUUAUCAAAGCUCUCCCGGCGAAGCCCGUUUACAAGCUCGUGCUCCCGAAGACAUGGCUUUGUUACGUGAAACCCAACCUUUGGCUCCAGUAGACGUAAAUAGUCUUCCUCGAUUUCCAGUCCCCAAACAGCCUGAAUUUGGAAGUAAAAAAGAAACUAACCAGGAUGAAUUUGACGAUGUCAUUCGUGGAAAGAAACGAAAGUUAUUACCAGCAUUUGAUUGUCCUGAUUGUCAAAAAUUUUACAAGUUACACGGCCCUCUCAAGGACACUGGCAUUGCACUAGCGUGGAACGACGAGAAUCGCAAACCAAAUGGCUUGCCUCAUACUUGUCCCCAUAAUACACUUGUUCAAAAAGUUGGCCGUCAUCGACGUAUGGCGCCUCCGAAAAAGAUACCUGACGGGUUUUGGGAAAGCGACUUUAUAGAUUAA